AUGACACCCAUCUCGCGCAUAUUGUCCCGUGCGGUCAAUAAACCAUAUCGAACGAAAGAUCUCAGCGAUGAAAUACCACCUACUCUUGACGAAAAUGGAUAUGUCUGCUUUGGUCCGGGGGACAUCGAGAAUCCUCGGAAUUGGUCGAUGCGCCGCCGAGCUGGUGUGACAAUGGCGGCGGUGCUUUUGGUUGUCAAUGCCACAUUCGCUUCAAGUUCGCCGAGUGGAUGUUUCCCAUCCAUCUCAAAGCAUUUCGGUGUCUCCACUGAAGUUGCAGGGCUGACAAUAACCCUGUUCCUGCUAGGGUAUUGUGCUGGGCCCUUGAUCUUUGCCCCGCUGAGUGAGUUUUACGGUCGCCGAUGGAUCUUCUAUAUUACCUUUUUGCUCUACCUCGCCUUCAACUUUUUGUGUGCAUUCCCGCCGAAUUUUGCAAGCUUGCUGGUCGGAAGAUUCUUGACAGGAACAUUUGUGUCGGCUCCCUUGAGCAACUGCCCUGGUGUUCUGGCUGAUGUAUGGAAUCCGCUCGAGCGUGCCAACGCUAUGGCUGGGUUCUCUGCCAUGGUCUGGAUCGGGCCUGCACUGGGGCCUGUGGUCGCAGGUUUCCUGGAGUUGAAAGAGGAUUGGCGAUGGAGCUUCUAUGUGCUUCUCUGGCUAGGCGCAGCAUCGGCCGUCAUAAUGUUGACAAUUCCCGAGACUUACGCACCAAUCAUUCUGUACGACAAGGCUCGACGGAUUCGCAACGCACAGAUGCCCGGGUAUGAGAAUGUGAAGGCACCGGUUGAGGACAGUGACCGGACGCUUGUGGGCAUCUAUAAGGUCGCUCUCACUCGGCCGUGGAUCAUUCUGUUCGACCCGAUCUCAUUGCUGUGCGCGAUUUACAUGGCGUUCGUCUAUACCCUGUUGUACAUGUUGUUCACCAUAUACCCCAUUGUGUUUCAAGAAAAACGAGGCUGGAACUCUGGUGUUGGAGAGCUGCCGUUACUGGGCACCGUUGUUGGUGCUGUAUUCGGAGGUGCCGUUGUUUUAGCAGACACUCGGAUGCGCCAGAAGCGCAUCAACAACGGCACAACGACAAUGGAGGAUGCGAUACCGGAAGACCGCCUACCGCUGGCGAUGGGUGGAGGUGUUGCCUUCGCCGUGACCAUGUUCUGGUUUGCAUGGUCGGCUGAAUUCAACUCUGUCCACUGGAUUGUACCCACCCUUGCAGGAGUUUUCCUGUCGAGUGCCCUGUUGCUCAUCUUCGUCGGGUUCCUGAACUACCUCGUGGAUGUUUAUCAGAUGUAUGCUGCAUCUGCCAUUGCUGCGAAUACAAUCGCUCGUUCUGCUUGCGGAGCGGCAGCCCCUCUUUUCACAUCUCAGAUGUUCACGGCGUUAGGCGUGGGAGGGGGAGGCAGCUUGAUCGCGGGCGUUGCUACCCUAUUAGCCGCUAUCCCUUUUCUCUUCUAUAAGUAUGGGAAACACAUCAGAUUGCGGAGCAAAUUUGCCCCGACUAGCAACAAAGAACAGCCAUUGGAAGAAAACAAGGACGAAGAGCGUGGCCUAGGGAACGGGCUUGUCAGCAGUGUCUCAGCGACGCAGUAG